UUCAAGUAAAACAAACAUAUCUAUCUAUUUAAUUAGCUUUAUUUGAUUUGGGUGGUUGUAGAAAUUAUGGGGAAAAUACAUGGUGGUGUGUUGCUUCUUCUAUUGGUGAUCAUAGGAGUGGCAGAUUGCCGAAAAGUGAAAGAAGUAUUUGUUGACAUUGAAGAAGGUGAUGAUCAUGGAGGUGCUAGUAUUGGAUUUAGUGGAGUUUUUGAGGAAUGUGGAGGAGGAGGAAGUAAUGGAGGCAGCACCACUUGCCAUAGCCAAGGUGGUGGUGGUGGUGGUGUCGAAGGGGGUGCUGGUCAUGUUGGAGGCAACAAAACAAUCAUUGGUUUUGGAGGAGAAGUUGUUUUUGGUGGAGGAAAUGGUGGUGGCAUUGGGGGAGGAGUUGAAGGUGGAGCAGCUAUAGGGCAUGGAGGUGCUGAUGGAGUUGGAGGUGGUGCUGCUUUAGGGUUUGGAGGUGCUGAUGGAGUUGGAGGUGGUGCUGCUUUAGGGCAUGGAGGUGCUGGUCAUGGAGUUGGAGGUGGUGCUGCUUUAGGGCAUGGAGGUGCUGGUGGAGUUGGAGGUGCUGCUGCUUUAGGGUUUGGAGGUGCUGCUGCUGGCUUUGGAGGUCAUCCAUAAGUGCAGCAACCAUAUACUAUAAGAUAAAAUAAAUAAAAAAGAAUGAGUUCUGGAUGCUAGCUCGUUCUCAUAAUCUCAUGGAUGCAAAUGAGUUAUUAAUGUAUAAUAAUAUUAAAUACAUAUAAAUCCGAGUUUUAUUAUGAUCUUAUGCUUA